GUUUGGCUUUCUCAUGCCUGGACUGAAAGCGUCAAAUGGUGGAGGAGUGCCUGCUUCAGGUCAAUUGCUGUCCACCAAACCCAUCAUUCUGUGGUUCCAUGAUCCCGAAACCACCUUUGGACAGGACUGUGUAGUGAAUCCCGACCAUUUUCCCAAUAUACGCAACGGGCAACUGUUGAAGAUUCGAUUUCCUCGCAAUCAACAACAACAACAACAACAACAGCAACAACAACAACAGCAGCAGCAGCAGCAACAGCAGCAGCAACAGACACCUUCUUCAAAAGUACAGGCAUCCCAACAGCAACAUGCCUCGGGUACAGGCGCGACAUCCCAACAGCAACUACCGCCGAAUUUCGAAAAAGAACCUCUUAUCGUGAAAGCUGUAUGCGUGGACAGAGAGACAUUGGCUCGACAGCAACAACUGCAGAUAUCUAUUUCAAAGGAUAUUGCGGAGCGUUUUAAUCUUCGAUUUCGACCUGAAGUUUAUGUGGAAUUGAUUGACCCGAGAGCCGUUUCGUUGGACCAUGUGGAACUGUCUUUUAAAGAGCAAUAUAUCGGAAGAAGUGAUAUGUGGCGUACCCAGCAAAGCUUGAAGGGAACGUGUGUCUAUGCAGAAAAGAAAAUCAUUUACGCCGGCGUAAUCAAGGCAGCUGUAAAAAAGCUGUACAGCAACGACCGGGAGGUCACCUCUGGUUACAUCAGCGACACGACUCGGUUCAUCUUUCGCUCAGGGUCGGCCAAGUAUUUCGUAUACAUCCAAAUGUCGCGCGAAAUGUGGGAAUUUGACGAAGAUGGUGAAUUGUACUUUGAGAAAGUGGUGAACAAUUUCUUACCCCAGUUAUUCACGCGGUGGAAGGAACAAGGCACCAACCACGUUGUAUCCAUUGUCCUGUUUACCCGUGUUUACUACGACGCCGAAGAUCCAUUGGAUGAACUCAUUAUCAAGGGAGAAGACGGUCGCUACUACAAAGACUUUUACAAAGUACUGGCGGAUUGGGAAACCACCGAUGACUGGAUGUCCAUCAUCGGCGCUUUGAAGGAAGAACAGUUAAAGUUCCAACCCAGUGUGCUGAUGCGCGUUGAGAAGGAACGCACUAUUGUAUGUGGCCGGAUCGGCAUGGCUUUUGAAGGCAAUAUCCUGGAGGCUGUCAACUUGGCAUUGAAUCCAUUUGAUAAGCAUUAUGUCGAUCGUGAUCUCAUGCGCACCGGUCUAUCCAUUAUACUGGUUUCGCCUGGCGCCGGCAAAUUUGCUGUCAACAAAAAGCUGCUGCGACUCACCAACGAACGCAUGACCGAUAACGGGAUAGCCAUGGACCUGGUCUGUCUUUCACCUUUACCACUUCACAUCACGCCGCUUCUCUUUUACCUGUCAUCUCCACCUCCGGAGUCGAUCCACGAGACCGCCCCGGCCACGCGUCACCCGAAAUCCACCGCAGCGGCGGUUGCCGUCGGUAAUUCUCCUGAACCCAAAGUCGGCCUCACUCAGAAGCUCGCGGCCGGUUACUGGGACCCUUUAUAUCAAGAUGACGCUUCCGCCGCUACGUAUCUCUACUACUCGGUGCCUCACUGGAUCGAUUGCAGUUUUUAUCACCACGAGACCGGUCGGUUUCUAAAGCAAGACAAGUACAAGACACGUUGCAAAAUGUACGAACUGCAGAUGAUGGGCAUCAUGGAACACGAUAUUGCCAGUAUCCAGAUUCCGUACUUGACGGACGAUAACCCGGAGAGCAGUACCACCCAUCCUCAACGCAGUUUGCGACAGCAACGCAGCAGUAGUAGCUUGAAUGAUAAGCUAACCGCGGCCAAAAGUGAGGAAGGCCAUCAUCCUACCGUUGGAAAUGGUGAUGCGUAUCUUUCCCAGUCCGCCAAUUUCCCUUCUACCCGACGCGCUUCGUUUUUCACCACAGCAGACGGCGCUUCGCUGCGGAAAUCGCGCAUCACAAGCUUUGACUAUGACAAGUACGACAAUUUCGUCUUUAAAGAUUCGCUCGAACCGCGCUUCAGUCGACGCGCACCAGCCCCGCCUCCCAAGAUCACAAACAACGCCCGGCAGUCCUCGGGAGGGAUUCAAAAGAACUCGUACGAAAGUCCCGAAAGACCCGACAAUGAUCCAUGGUCGUCGCGUCACAGCACCCUCAAAACCGCCACAGCUACUUGGCAUCACGGCGAUCAGCGACGUUUGACCUCGAUCAUGUCGCAGUCUCAGCAGAACACGGGUAAAAUUACAUUCGAUAAUCAUAUCCGCAAAGAAGAUCAUGGCAGCAAGUUGGCCGAUUUCUUCAAAGGAUCGCCCACGUAUACAGGCAAAGAAGACCCCACGACACGUUAUCGGACAUCCAGACGUGGGACGAUGAACAGCAACGAUGUUAAAAUUAUGUGCCAGGCCACGGGGGCCGAAGGAACGCAGAUUGGCGAUCGACUUGUUGCUCCCGAAGAUGACGAAUCGGUGGUGGUCAGUUCCAGUACGGUGGAUCCCGUGCCGAUCAACAAUAAAGGACUAACAAGGAUCGACACGCGGAAAAAUCAUUCGCCUCGCCAAGCCAUGUUAUCCGGAAGUUUACCUUCGGUUCACAAGCAUUCAGGUAACAGUGAGCUUGUGCGCACAAGUUUGAACGCCAAUGGGGUGGCCAAUCGGUCGUCGCCUUCACAUACCGCCAAUGGUAGAACGACCUCGGCCAAAGUAUUUCUUAUCAAUCCGUGCAACCCGGCCGACCAUAUUCUGUUCACGUCACAUUUGCGUCGGUGGCAGCAUGCGCUUCCCAGGGUGGAACAGUAUGACGGACCGAUCGUGCACUGGAAAUCGUUAUCGACACCCGCAUGCUUACCACUGACCACGGACUAUUUUCCGUCCAACGAAGAGCUGAAAAUGUUUUAUAAUCACUACAUGUACACCGUUUCCGCCAGUGAAGACGCCAACCUGUAUCAGGCCGGUGACAGCAGUCUGUCCGAGCAUAAAAAGACGGAAAACUUAUUGACGGAAAUGAUCAGUCAACGUUUAGCCCAAGGAUUUCAAAUCAUUGUCGACAUCACCGGCAGUUCCAGCUAUCAGAAACCUGUCACCCGGGUGAUUGGCACCACAGCAGCUGGAGGUAGCGGUCCCGAUGGGGCCGGAUACGGUACGACGACCGGAGCAACGAAUGGAAAAGAGGGCAAGGAACUGGUGGCGCCCACGGUGGGUACGCAUGGGAGCGCUUCGACGGGGCCCAGUUCAGGGCCAGCGCCUACGACUUCGGCGGCGGCAUUAAAACCGACACCUGGUCAGGGCAGCUUGCAAGAAGAGGCGGAUAAGAUGCGCUGGAAGCAUAUGGUAUGGUGGCUGUCCAUGGGCCAUCAAGUGCAUCAGCUUACCUUUGACUCCUCGGGACAAAAUGUGGAAGUCCGUCGCUAUGUUCGCAUCAUUGAUUUCGAUAUCCAGAAAAUGUCGUACAAAUGCGCGAUCUGGCCAAAGAAUGUGCCGACCUAUCGUGCCAAAAGUGUUACAUUCAGUUAUCCGAGUUUGCUUUACGCUUGGAAUUAUCUGGACCAUCUGGUCGCGGGUUACCAGGAAGAACUGACCGACAAUCUUCGGUUCUGGCGAGCCCGGUUUAUUGUGAUUCCCCGCGAAUCGCUUCCUUCCAACAUGCCACUCACCGGGGUUUCCCAUGAUCACCUUGAUGAAGAAGAAAAGCGGUUGGCGCUCUUCGAUACCUGGAUCCAAAACUUGCGCAAAGCCAAAUGGCUGGCACCCAAAGAACGCGAAGAAAUGCAACGACGACGAAAAAAGGAACUGGGAAAUUCUGACUUUGGGUUGAAACUCACGACGAUGGAUCCUUCGGCUUAUCUGACAAGCGAGGCGGCCAAGACGCUUCCUGCCAACGGAGAGUCCUUGGUCAGUCAGCACAGCAGCUUGCUGUCAUCGAUCGGUAGUCUGGCUCAGCCCUUGGGACUGUCUAAGGAAUCCAAGAUAAAAGAUAUCGCUUUGGCCAUGCGCGACCCCAAAGUGGGGUUGAAAAUGGCGGAUCGACGCUGGCACUUUAAGGUGUUUCGAAACGCUUUUAUUGGCAGUGAAUUUGUGGACUGGUUGAUUAGUCAAUUUGACGACAUUCAUACGAGAGAGGAAGCAGUGGUUUUCGGUAAUACGUUGAUGCAGCGCAAACCUCCCCUGUUCGUGUCUUCCACCAAUCGACAUGGGCUGCUGGAUGGCCACUACUUUUAUCAUCUUCACGGGGACUUGGCGCCAGGGCAACAGCGCGCUUGGUUUCUGAAUAAUGCGGCUGCGCUUGGACGCAAGAAUACCCACACGAGUUCGCCUGUGCUGGCCAACGGCAACCGGGACAAGGAGACAGGAUCGACUGGAGCAGCAGCGACGGCCGCGAACACGCUGGAUGGGCAAGGUGUCCGCUCAGCUGCGACCAAGCCCCAUUAUCCGACAACGACGAUUGAUUUUGAAAUGUCAAAAUCGAUGAUUAUUGAUGUGGAUCCUUACAAGAAGAGCGAUCGUCGGGAAACGGCGAUUUUGCAUUACGACACAUUGCAUAACCCCAACAACUGCUACCAUUUCCAGAUCAAUUGGUUAGGCUGCACGGCGCAACUGGUGCAAGAAUUGUUGCAAAACUGGGGUCGACAAGCGGAACGGUGUGGUCUGAAAAUUGUCGAAGGGUCGGUGGAACAGGCUUACGAAGAUUCAGAAAACAAUAAUCCGUUCCAGUGUCCUGUACCGAUUGAACUGGCUCAGUUGCCGCCCCCGGUGGAGGAAUUGACGGCCAAGUACGAAGUGCCGAAUGAAUUCUACAAGAUUGCUCUUGUGCGGCAUUUGGGCUUUGUCCUGGAUGUGGAAGCGGACACCAAGUUUGAACGAGCCAAAGCCGAAGGAAUCCAUGUGUGUUAUUCGUACAUCAAGGAGCCGUACAAGUACGAUCAGUAUAUCCAUAAAUCCGGAGUCGCGUUUGUGCAAAUUCGCCCUGGUCAACAAGGGUUCUACUGGGUGAACAAUCGAUUGCAUACCAACCACACGCCGGCUUUGGCGGCCAGUCGUCGACGUGAUUCGAGUUCCUAUAUGAAACAUCCCGAUUCGCUGAGGACCAAAUUUCAGGAAAAAUGUGCUGAUGCCAAGUGGCUUGCCGAAUUUUGGGAAACCACACGCAACAAUCUCCUGCAAGCUAACGGCGAAGAAGACCAACACGGCGUACGUACGUGGGUAUUUGAAAAUGCACGUUCAAUUACGGAACAUUAUGUGACUGGAGGAGUGGAUGGUAAUGAACCCGGCCUGACCAUGGAACCUCAAGAAACCGUUGCUGCUCCUGGCACUGUUCCGUUGGAAGGCCAAACUCAUGACAGUCCAUUUCACUCCCCGGUUCCGCACACAUCCUCUUCGGUGGCGGUUGCACCUCAACCAAAUUCAUCCUCUUCAUCGCCUCCACCUCCAUCAACCGCACCCUCCGCCCCGCCGUCUUCUACACCCUCACAUAUUACAACAGAGUUGCCUUCUACCCAGGGAUCAAACAACCAGCCGCCAGGAAACGCAUCAUAACACUCUAUUUCCCCCACCGGGACGAUCGUUGCCUAUUUAGCAAUGAUUUAUAUUCUGUUUUUUCCACCAUGCCCCUAUCCUUCCCCCCUUUUACAUUCUCGUUCGCCAUCAAAAACAAACGAUCACUUUAUCAUCCAAUCACUGCAUUCCAAUGUAACCCAUAUCAUUUAGAUGCAACAAUAAAAUUGAAACUGUAAGUUUCAGAGGAAAACAAACCGAGACGCGUAUUGACGAAA